CUGCAGACCUCGUCCAAGGAAUUUUUCUUAUAUAUUCUCUCCCUAGAUUCCGUUCAACAUCUUCCUCCCUCCCUCCAGGAUUUCUGCUUCUCUCCCUUUGCAAUCAGCAACCCGUUGCAGGCUUCUUCCCGGUUUCCCUUUCUCUGCAAAUUCGACCUAUGGAUGUCGCUGUUCUUCACCCUCGGGAUUGUCUCACACGCCCUCUUACUCAUCCCAUCAGGUCCCGUCCAAACCCUAACCCUAAUCGAUCCGAUCGCGGAAAGCGAAGCCCUGCGGGGCUUCUCCGCCACCGGCACCAUCAGAGGCGCCAACCGCACCGCACCAUGGUGGCGAAGCUUCCCGGCAGAGACCUCGUCAUGGGACAAGUGAAGAUCCUGAAACGCGGCGAAGACGCUAACGAAUCGACCAUUUCCGCACUCUCCCUCCCCAAAUCCGAAGAAAAAAAGGCAAAGAUCGAAGCUUUGGAGGAUCUGAGUCCAAUUUUAUGCGACUCAGAUUCGAUUCUGCACUCGAUUAACCCCGACUUGUACGCGGGUUCGGCGUUCUUCACUUCGCCGCCGCCGAGUUCUCUGCCGCUGCCGGCCUUCGUAGUUGCCCGGAAAAACGCCGCCACGAGUGAUUUACGGCGAAUUCUCCGUCUCGAUUAGGCGUAAUUAAAGAACCGCCAGUGUCAAAGGAAAAAAAAAAAGAAAAGCAAACGAUGUUUAUGAAGGUUCAGAGGUGCUAUGGUGCUCUGUUUUCAUCCUCCAAUUUCUGAUCUUCCCUUUAUUUUUUCAACAGGGAGAUCAAAUUGGGGACAUAGAUUAGGUUUGUUUAUGGGUUUUAGAUAGUUGUGUGUAUUAAUGGUAUAACAUAAUGUUUUAUUGUGUAUAACAUAAAUGAUGUAACUUAAUGUUUUAUUGUUGUAUUAGAAGCAUCUAUUUCAAGGAUAAUCUCUAUUUCAGUUC